GGCUGAGCCUGCGUCUGCACAAACACUGCAUAGACUGGAUGCCUUGUCUUUGGAGGGUCUGUGCUACACUACGGAGAUGGAGGGAUCGUCCAGCACUGUUGCAUCCCUGCCCUCUCCGCAUGACACCACCGAUGCACCACCUCUAUUAGACCGCUGUCUUUCCUCGUCACCCAUUUGGAAACGGCGUGUCUUCGAGUGGGCAAUCACAUUUUACACCAUCAAAGAUGUUGGAGGAUAUUUCCGCGUAUUUCCUGAUGUGGGCGGGCCUUUUCAGAGCAAAGACGAAGCUGACAAGGCUAUUGAUCGCUACCUCACUGAGCGCAAGAAUUUGACAAUGGGCAUAGGCCUUUCUGAAGUGGAUAAGAUUAUACAAAAAUGCCGUUUCUUUCCUGAUGGCACAAAGAAGCGCUUGAAAGCAGGACAGGCAAUUGAUAAAAGGCGUGAUACAACUUACCAAUUGGUUCAAGCUGUGGUGUACAAGUACAAUGAUCAUCACAAACUUUUUGGGGAUAGUGCAUAUGAAGUCAAAGAUGUUCUGGGUGAGCCACCACUUUGGGAGGAAGACAACUGUAGGAUGUACAUGCAUAUGAAUUUCACUGCAAAGACCAAAGGGCGUGAUGAUCUAUUCUUUGCUGAAGUCACAUAUGUGAGUGGAGAUGCUGCAUUAGCGGUGAACUGUUGCUGCAUUGUCAAAUCUUUCGAUAAUGGUCCCUGCUUUGCUUGUGGAACUACUAUGAAGCACCCCAGCGAUGGUAUUGCAUAUAGUGGCGCUCGCAGGAAUGGCUCAUAUUGCCUACCUUUCGGCAGUGGUCCUGUAAGAGUUACUUGGUGCCCCGACGAAGACUCUGAUGAAGAGGUGGAAAGACUGAGAUCUCUGUUUGGGGGAGCUCGAGCCACUGCCCGUGUACCGCUUGAGGCUUAACUGUGUGCGAAGGCAAACUUAGAUUGGCGCUUCUGGCCAAUAAAGGUCCUCUUGCAUUUUCUAGUUUGCCAUGAUCAGCUGCUUUUUCACCUCAACCGGACAAGUUUGAGCUAUUCUUGUCGCUAAGAUGUUGAAAAGAUAGUUUUUUUUUAAUGUUUGGGAUAGACCUAGUCAUGAUGAGCAACACUCUGAGUAAGUUGCUAUAUGUAUUUAUUGUAUCUGAUGACAAAAAAAAUCAUUUGUCAAAAUUAAAUGGACAGAUUUUUGAACACCCACGUAUAUUACUUGAUUAACUGCCCCUGUUAUAUUCGUAGCAAGAAGUUAGCUGCU